CACACUACCCAGGGGCCAACAACCCAGGGGCCACACUUCCCUGGGGCCACACUACCAGUCCUCCUCCUCAACACCACUCACUUCUUGCUGUGAUACAGUUCAUGCAGUGAAGAGGCGGUGCCAGGAGCUGAGUUUCGACCCCUGCAACCACAAUUAGGAAGUGAGCAGCAAGCCAUCAGUCAUCUGGAUCGAACCACUGGCACCUUGCUGAGACAUUUCAAUGGCUUCAGUCAAAACUAUGUCAGCUGGUGAAGAGGAUUUCCUCCUUCGGCGUAUUAAACUUAAGGUUAAUGGGCAAGAUUACGUUGUGGGGUCCGGGAUACCACCAUGGACAACGCUAAUUGGCUUCUUGAGAGAGACUGUAAAGCUGGCUGGAACGAAGGUGCUGUGUUGGGAGGGUGGUUGUGGAGCCUGUACCAUUGUUGCUACAGUGCCUGAUCAGGAGACUGCUGGAAAAUUUAAAACAUUUAGUGUAAAUGCUUGUCAAAUUCUGGUUUAUUCUUGUGCUGGCUGGAGCAUUGAGACGAUAGAGCACUUGGGGGAUCGCCACAAAGGAUAUCAUUCACUACAGAAGGCUCUGAGUGGGUUCUAUGGAACACAGUGUGGGUACUGCUCCCCUGGCAUGAUCAUGACUAUGUAUGGACAACUGAAGGCAUCUGGUGCACUAACUGCCUCUCAAGUGGAACAUUCACUGGAUGGUAACUUGUGCCGAUGCACUGGGUACCGUCCCAUAUUAGAUGCCUUCAAGUCUCUAGCCGAGGAUGCAAGUCAGCAACUCAAGGACAAGCUUGCAGAUAUUGAGGAUGCAUAUAAAGCUCACUGUCCUGAAACUGGCAGUGCUUGUAAGAGAUCCUGUAGUGGAUGCACAAAAGGCAGUGAUAGCUGCAGUGGCAGCAGUCAGAAUGAAGAUGUUACCCAGCCGGAGGAUUUUAAACUGACAGUUGGAGCCAUACAGUGGUACCGACCUGUUUCAAUACAGGGCAUAAAAAACAUCCUGAAGAAGGUGACCCCAAAUGAGAAAGUUUGCAUCGUGGUGGGCAACACUGGACAAGGAGUGUAUAAAGAUGAUGGUCCUUACACCACCUAUAUCAACUCUAAUAGUGUUAAGGAACUCUACAGCAUAACCAUUGGAUCACCACUGACUAUGGGAGCUAAUGUUAGCCUCAGCAGAGUUAUUGAAGUUUUUAAACAUAUGGCCAUUAGCUAUCCAGGCUACCAGUAUCUCAAGACUUUCCAGAGCCACUGGGAGUUAGUGGCAAAUGUUUCUGUCAGAAAUAUUGGAAGCUGGGCAGGCAAUUUAAUGCUGAAACACAAACAUCCAGAAUUUCCAUCUGACAUCUUUUUGACUCUGCUGCUGGCAAAUGCACAACUAACUCUUUGCCAUGCUGAUAGCCUCACUACUACUCAGAUUGACCUGGAACAGUUCCUUCAAACUGACAUGUCAAGAGGUAUAAUCCUCUCAGUGACACUGCCACCCAUGCCUGAAAAUGUAAAGGUUCAGACCUUCAAGAUAUCCCCAAGAACUGUCAAUGCCCAUGCACAUGUCAAUGCCUGCUUUAAGAUGAAACUGGAUCCUGUGGAUGUCAAAAUAUUAGAGAAGCCUUUCCUGCUGUUUGGAGGAAUAAAUGCUGAUUUUAUCCAUGCAGAGCAGACAGAAGCUUACCUGGUUGGCAAAUAUCUAACAGAGGUAGUGACAGUUGUGGAGGCUGCAAAGAUCUUAGCUAAUGAGAUGACUCCUGAUGCUAAGCCCCAAGAUGCCUCACCACAGUACAGGAAGUCACUUGCUCAGAGUCUGUUUUACAAGGCUGUUGUUGGCUUUCUUGGAGACAAAGUUAGUGGUGACAUUCGCAGUGCUGCUGCUAUCUUGGAGAGACCAUUGUCAUCUGGACAACAGGGCUUCGACAUGAAUGAAGACACAUGGCCUGUUGGUAAAGGUGUUCCAAAAGUAGAGUCUACAACACAGAUAUCAGGUGAAGCUGCAUAUCUAGAUGAUGUGCCUCCUCUACACAAUGAACUUCAUGGUGCCUUUGUUCAGUCAUCAUUUGCUAAUGCCAAGAUAAAAUCCAUCGAUGCUUCUGAGGCCUUGAAAAUCCCUGGAGUUGUGAGUUUUGUAGCAGCUGCUGACAUACCUGGACGUAACAGCUUCAUUGUUAAUGCUGGAGCAAGACCCGAUCCUGUAUUUGUAGAAGAACAGGUGAAAUAUGCUGGCCAGGCUCUUGGUCUUAUUGUUGCUGAUCAGAGAGCGACAGCACUUCGUGCAGCAAAGCAGGUGAUAGUGGAGUAUGAGGACAUCAAGAAGCCCAUCCUCACAAUUAAAGAAGCUCUUCAGCAAGGAAGAAGUAAAAUAGUGAUGAGUGAACCCUAUAUUUUUGGGAAUCCAGAAGAUGCACUAAAUGCUGCAAAACACAAGGUGACUGGUGAGCAACAACAAGGAUCACAGUUUCACUUCACCAUGGAAGCUCUUGCUGGACGUGUGACACCUACAGAAGAUGGAUAUGAUGUGUUAAGUACUUCCCAGUGGCCCACAGAGACUCAGUCAGCAGUGGCUCAGGUCUUGAAUGUACCAGCCCACAGCAUUAAUUUGGCAGUGCGUCGCAUUGGUGGUGGCUUUGGAGGGAAGAUCAGCAGACAGAAUAUAGUUGUUUCAGCAGCUGCUGUAGCUGCAGAGAAACUGAAGAGACCUGUUCGUAUUGUUCUUGACCUUCAGACCCACAUGAGUUUAGUUGGUUGGCGCGAGCCAUAUAUGUCAAAGUAUGAGGUUGGAUUUGAUGAUGAUGGAAAAUUUGAGGCAUUAAAAGUGGACAUGAUAACUGAUGUUGGCCAUGUAGCCAAUGAAGCAUCUGUCAGUGGUCUAGGUGUUCGUCUGCAGAAUACAUAUUACAUUCCCAAUGUUCUCUUUCGGCCCAUUAUGGUGAAGACCAACACAGCUGCAAACACUUGGUGCAGAACACCAGGCACUGUGGAAGCCAUUGCAACAAUUGAAAACGUUAUUGAAAAUGUGGCUAGUUAUCUGAAGAAAGAUCCCCUGGAUGUACGUCUUAUUAACAUGGUUGCUCCUAAUGUGCCACGACUGUUAACCCCACCUCAUGCCAGAAAUGUGGUGAACGAUGAUAUUUUGCCUCUGCUGAUUCAGAAGUCCAUGUACCAGGAGAGGAAGGAAGAGAUCAAAAUAUUUAACCAGGAAAAUGUGUGGAAGAAAAGAGGAAUGUCUAUUGUUCCACUGUGGUAUGGUUACAACUAUCCUUCUGUGUUCCGCUAUGGAAUUCAAGUGUCUAUCUAUGAACAUGAUGGCACUGUUGCAGUCUCUCAUGGUGGCAUUGAGAUGGGACAAGGCAUUAACACUAAGGUUGCCCAAGUUGUGGCUUAUAAACUGGGUAUCCCACUGGAGAAAGUUAUCAUAAAGGCAGCUGAUACUAUGGUUGGCGCAAAUUCUAUUGUCACAGGCGGCUCUUUUGGCUCUGAUUUAUGUGCUCAUGGAGCAAAAGUAGCAUGCGAGGCACUAAGACAACGAAUUGACGUGGUGAGAGCAAAAAUGAAGAACCCAUCAUGGGUUCAACUGAUUAGGAAGUGCCACAAGAAUGAUGUUGAUAUAUGCGAGCGGUAUUGGACAGCUGGUAAAGAACAUCCUGACAGCUAUGACAUCUGGGGUGCGUGCUGCUUGGAGGUUGAAAUUGAUGUUUUAACAGGACAAUACCUGAUACGGCGUGUUGACAUCAUUGAAGACUGUGGGAGAAGUAUGAAUCCGUACAUUGAUAUUGGACAAGUGGAAGGUGCCUUCAUCAUGGGCUUAGGUCUCUAUACAUCAGAAAUUGUAAAAUAUGAUACAAAUACAGGCCAGAAACUGUCAAACAGCACUUGGGAAUACAAACCACCAACAGCUUUGGAUAUUCCAGUGGACCUGAGAGUUACUCUUCUCCCUAAUGCUUCAAAUCCUCACGGUGUACUUGGCUCUAAAGCAACUGGUGAGCCUGCUGCUUGCUUCUCAUAUGUUGUGGUUACUGCUCUUCGUGCUGCCAUAACAGCAUUUCGAGCUGCAAAUGAAAACGAAGCAUGGUUUGAUAUGGACACUCCAAUAACUGUUGAAAAGGUCCAUCAGCUGUGUGGAGUACAGCCAGAACAGUUUAAACUCUCCACCUCUACAGAUGAAUUUCUUGAUGACUUCUGUCUCAUAAGCAAAGACCAAGUAUAUGCAGAAGUGGCAACUUUCUGCCCUGUUAACUAAUCAUAUGAGGAAUUGACGUCAGUAGUAUUUAUUAUUGGUUCCCUUAUAAUAAUCUGUUGAUAAAAUAUUUUUGUAUGUAAUAUAUAUAAAUGCUACAUGGAAAUUUUAUAAUUUCACUUUUUUCUAAAAGAAAUUGUUGAUGGGAGGAUUCUGUUGGUCAAUUUCAUGAAACUAUAGAAAAUGUAAAUAUGGUGGCAUCUGUAUAUUCAGUUCUGGAAAAAUGAUUUACACUAAAAUUUUUACACUAAAUUAUGAAAUCCAUUCUUUCUGUGGGAACCAAGGACAUACAUAUGACCAUAUUUUUUUUUAGUCACUGCACUAUUAGACAUACAAUAUGGUAAAUAUCUAUACAAACUGUUUGUUUCAUGUUUGAAUGUACAAAGGUUAUGAAGAUAUCAGUUUCAUUGGCAAGGCACAAACAUGCUUUGUACAAAUUUAUUUAGGUGAUCUACUUUUGUAUACCCAGUGUUGGCUUUUGUAUUUCAUUUUAAUUUGUCCAAAGUUGAGGUGUUCAAGGAGUUUUACAUUCUACUCCCAUAAUAUCACAGCUAGAACAUGCAUUAACUUAUCAUGAUAAAUCUUUAUAUUAAAACAUCCAAAGGCUUAACAAUACUGUAUAGCAAAUUUUCAGUACAGUACUACUGGUAAUUUGAAGGGAAAUUGACUGGUUGGUGUUACUAGACUAUGGCUCUGCUUGGGGUGGCUCACUAGCUUAUGGUGUUAUAAUGCUGAAUAUUAUGUAAAGACAGUGUGUUCCACUGUAUGUAGAAAUGACAAAGAUACUUGGUCCCCUUUCACUAGAAUGAGUUCUUAAUUUCCCAUGCGUGGCAAGGAUAAGCUGCUGAAAUUAUUGUUACAGCCAUAAUUAAGUGCUAAAACUCCUAAGCUACUGAAAAAUUUGGCAAAAUUUUCAUAUUUUAUGUUAUACAGUAACACUGAAAAAUUUAUUCCAAGAUAGUGAUAGUGUGAAUGAUGGUUAGUUUGUCUUCAGGUCACCCUGCCUCGGUGGGAGAUAGCCAGCUGUAAAAAAAGACAAAUCAAUAUUUUCUUAACACUAGUACAUUUAGACAUGAAACAUGGCUUAUGGAGCCCGGUUCUUAAUUAUUUUACUAGAAAUGGGUAAAAAAUACCUUGUUUGCUAUCACUCCCCAGGUAAAGAAUAGUUCUGUCAUUUACAUUUAGAUGAAAUUUUUCUAGAGAAGUGUAGGUGAAAUGGUUGCCGCAAAAUGAGCUGUAUAGCCCUUGUGGCUUAGCGCUUCUUUUUUAAUAUAAUAAUAAUAAUGCCGCAAAAUGACAUUUUUUAUAGUUUUCAGUUUUGACCUCUAACAGCGUUUGAGUCAUUUCCCUGAAGUACAUCUUAAAUAAGAGUGACAAAGUGUUCUCUCCUAUAGUGUUGAAUCUUAGGAAGUUAGGUCUUCAGGUAACAUAAAAGUAUGGUACUCCAAGAUAUAAAUUUGUACUUGUCAUUUUAAAAAUGUGACCUGGUUGAAUAAUCUCUAUUAAUUUAAGGACAAAUAAAUAUUUUGUUACAUUAUACUAUAAAUCAAGGAAUUGUCUGCCAUUUCCAAUAUAAUUCUUAUACUUAUACAGUAAUCAAUUCGAAGUGCAUGACAAACUUGCAUUUCCUUUCAGACUGUAUCACAGUGAGAGAGUUGCAGAGAGGAACUUUGUUGAGAUGUAUCACCUGUAGCACAGGCUUCUUCAUUUAUUGCACAGGGAUUCACAAGCAAAUUUAUACAAGCAUAGUCAGGUGAGUGGCUGGGUCAGUGAGGUCACCGUGUCGAACUGAGACAGGAGCAUUGCAGGAGGCUUACUGGUCCUUCCAGUGACCUGUUUAUGUAAGAUAAGUUGGGCUACAAGUUUGACUAAACUGAAAACUUGAUUCUGUUUGACUGUAUUUUCCCCUCAAGGAAGGUUCCUUGAUACUGGUGGGGGCUCUUGAUCUAGGGAAUUGGAUCUGUGCUCCAGUUCCCCAAAUUAAGCCUGAAUACCUUCCAGAUCUCCCCUUGAUUAUAACAAUAAUAAUUGACUAUUUUGUUCACUGAUUAAUGCAGCUCCCAGGAAUCUGAUUCAUGUUUUGUCCAUCGCCUUUAAGACCAGCUGGGUGCAGGCAUGCUUGUGUUCAUGUAACCUGAUCAGUAUGUUAGGUAAAAGGACACAAGGGCAACUAUUGUGACAUUUUACUGUGGCAACAUUCUGCUCUCCAGGAGCUUUGUCAAGCUGGCUUGACAAAGCUCCUGGAGAGCAAAACGUUGCCACUAUAAAAUGUUACACUAGUUGCACUUGUGUCCUUUUACCUAACAUAUUGUCAGUAAUUCUACCAACAUUAUUACAACCUGAUCUGUAGGCUACAGGAGGUCUUGCUCACAUAUGUCUGGUCACAAACACAUAGGUGUUGCCACUAUCAUAUAGAGAACCAUCAAAGACUUGACCAGGCAAAUAGGUAACUGUCAGGACAGUGACCAGGCAUACUCUAUGUGAGUGAGACUUCCCAUAGUCUACAAAUCAGGUUGUAAUAAUGUUGGUAGAAUUACUGACAAUAUGUUAGGUAAAAGGACACAAGUGCAACUAGUGUAACAUUUUAUAGUGGCAAUGUUUUGCUCUUCAGGAGCUUUGUCAAGCCAGCUUGACAAAGCUCCUGGAAAGUAGAACAUUGCCACAAUAAAAUGUCACAAUAGUUGCCCUUGUGUCCUUUUACCUAACAUACUGAUCAGGUUACAAGAACACCAGCAUGCCUGCAGGACUCUCAUAAAUAAUGCAUGCAUAAUACAUAGAGAUCAGUCUGCACACCUGAUGUCUUGGAAAUACACCCAGAUGGUUAUAAAGAAAAUGGACAGAACACAACACAGAUGCUUGGCAGCUGAAUUCACCUGUACACAAAGUACAAUCAAACAGUCAAGGAGCUUUCAGUUUAGCCAUACCUGUAGUCAAACUCAGCUUCCAGAAACAAGUCAUCAGAAGGACCUGCAGUGCUGUCUCAAUUCAUCCACACAGUGACCUCAUUGCCCAGCCAUUCACCUGAUUGUAUAAAUUUGCUUGUGCAUCCCUGUGUAUUGACUGAAGAAACUUGUUCCACUGGCAAAAUGUCUCGCUGAAAGUCCUUUGUGCAGAUGUCUAUUUCAGCACUUUACUGUGCUGCUGUUUCCACCUACAUUUAUUGUACUAAUGAACACUAAGGUUAUUGUGAAUAUGUAUUAAAAGGCAACAAUAAAAAUGCUUAAGUGAAUAA